UCCUCUCUCUCUCUCACUCUCUCACCUUCGCCGCCGCCCUCAUUCACCGAUGCCGCCCCACCCGCCGCUUCAUCCCCGGCUCCGACAAGGUCGGGAAGCUUCCGGACUCGUCACAUCGUGUUCCGGCCACCGGACACCGACGACUCCCCGGUAACCCUAGUCGACAACAUCACCACCUCCCUUUGGAAAUCCCGAAUCUUCUCCAAACCCUCCCCACCGUUGCCGCCGCCUCCGUCCUCCUCCUUCCCCAAAGAGACCGCGCCUCUGAUCCAAUGGCGCAAGGGCGAGUUGAUCGGCUGCGGCGCCUUCGGCCGCGUCUACAUGGGCAUGAAUCUCGGCUCUGGCGAGCUUCUAGCUGUUAAGCAGUAGUUUUGGCACAAAUCUUGAAACAAGUAGCUACUGGUGGGAAAACUGUUUUGCAAUUCUUAUCUGUGUUGUUGGCUUGGUACUAUUUUUGUACCUCGUUGGAAAUGUACAGACAUAUAUGCAGUUUGCAACUACAAAAUCAGCAAACUUUGAUGAUUCAAGACGGACUAGGAUCAAAGCGAAGUAUCGAGAUAUAAACAAGUGGAUGUCAAAGCAUGGUCUUCCUGCUGAUAUGAGGACAGCAAUCAGGAAAGACAUAAAAGAAUGGAACAUAGCAGGGAGAUACAUAGAUCACGAUGUGGAUGUUCGAUUCGUCAACAACAUUUGCGGAGGAGGCAUCGUAUUAGUCCUGUCGGAAUUUUUCCGGCUAAAUGCUCUAAAGAGAGUACCCAUGCUUCAAAAUGUGCCAGAGUUCGGGUUGAUACUUAUCAGCCAAUAUCUAUACCUAGAAACCUAUGAUGAGAAUGCAGUUGUUGCUCGAGCAGGAAAACCGAUAGAUUCGAUGUUCUUCAUUAUAGAUGGAGUGAUUGAUUGGACCGACGAGACUAACAAGGCUACCGAUGCUGAAACCACCGGUUCUUCCUCCUCAUCAAAGAGCAGCAAGCUUCAGAACGGUGAUUAUUUUGGAGAAGAGCUUUUGAGUUGGGCAGCAGAUAACUAUGGGAGCUCUUAUUUUAGCCCGGUUCCUACUUCGACUGGAGAUGCCAAAUGUCGAACAAAAGUAGAAGUCCUGCAGCUGAGUAGGGGGACGUUAGUAAACACAGAAGUAAGGGACUACAUAUCUGAGAGUGAUUCUUCUCUGGCGCACUUGGAGGAGCUAAUGGCAGUUCAUCUCCAUAACCACAUUGAUCAGAUAAUGGACGAGUAUCCUCUUUCUAAGGUGAAAUGGAAAUGUCCUUACCGUGGAUGGCUGAAAGUGAACUGUAGUGCUGUGUGGGAACGUGAAUCGAGAGUGGCAGGCAUGGCUUGGGUUUGUAGGAAUGAUGAAGGAGCUUUUGUAGCCGCCGGAAGUCUAUGUGGGAUAAGAUGCAUGGACAGGUUUUUCGCCGAAGCUCUCAGCAUUGCUAAGGCUAUCGAAUUUUGUACCACUAUUAUUGAUGAAGUUUCUGGUGACAACUUCGGCCGCAUAGUUGUGGAGUCUGAUAACCAGGAUCUCAUGGACUGCCUGCUUCAGCUGCAUGAACAGGACCUAGUUGUACCGAAAACAUACUUGAAUAACUCUAGCCUGGAACCAAAUAACCGUAUUGGUGAAAACCUUCGACCAAUCCUAGGGGAUAUUUACAGCCGCUUGGCUCCAGGGUUUAAGGCUAUUACUUAUGUGCAUUGUGACAGUGAGUGCAAUGCAGCUGCUCAUUGCAUAGCAUCUCAUGCCAUGGAUGAUGCUACUGAUUCUUCGUCUUGGUAUGGUCUUGAUGCAGCCCCUAGUUGGCUAAUUCCUGCCCUCACGAAGGAUAGCCCGCAUUUGUACACAUGAUAUAUAAAAAUAUAGGUAGAUCAAGGCUACAUAUAUGAUCAGUUGAUGAUCAAGCAGCUAGUUUAAUUCUGUAGUUUUUUUUAUCUGGAGUUUA